AUGGAUACUGAGCUGGACCAAGUUCUCUGCACUGUGCUUUCUCUAGAAGAAGACUAUCCAACAAUGUCUCCACCCCCGAGGUUCCAGGACAAUUUCUUUAGCACUCCAUGCGUAUCUCCUGAUGGUUUCUCAGCUACAGAAAGCCAAACAAAUCUACAAGGAUCCAUCACCCUACAAGAAAAGCUGCUGGAAAUAUACGCCCUUAUCAGACUCCAACAAGAAGCACGGGCCAAGAAAUCUAUAAUCCUUAAGGAGCCUGUAGAGAAGGAGGCCAAUAAUCAGAACCCAUUAAAAAGAAAGUUGGGGGAAGAUGAGAAUGAGGGAUGCAAGGAACCCGGAGACAAGGCUGAGGAUCUCCAGAACGGCAAUCCAUAUAAAAGGUAUAGAAAGAGGACAAACUACAACAAGGAACAGAUCACCUUCCUGAUGAACGAGUUUGAACGCAACCCCUAUCCGGACUUCACGAGGAGGUGUCGCAUUGCCAAGAUAACAGGGAUUUCAGAACCAAGAAUACAGGUUUGGUUCCAGAACAGAAGAGCAAGACAUCACUCAAAACCUGUGAAACCCCAAAAUGUACAGAGCAGACAGUUCCCAACGACAGGAGAUCUUCCCAACAUUUUUCACGAGGAGUACCAACAUCUGCAAAUCAAUGGACAUUUCCAGAUCCCAGAAGACAUGUGGAUGUUGUAA